CCAUUUCCCACUCCUCACAUCACAUCAUUUCAUUUCCUACCUUCCUCCCACUUCUCUAUAAACCCCUCUCCCUCUCCGCCACCGUCGAACACAAUCAAAAUCCCUUUCCUCCCUCCUCCAUUUCCGUCGCUACUAAACAAUUAAGACCUUGAUGGGAUCACUCAACGGAGUUGAACACCCGCAGCUCCCCGCCGGUGCUAGACCAGCCGACGAUCAAGCCAAGUGUCUAGAAGUUGACUCGACUCAGCAGACCAUGGCUCAAAUGGACAGAGGAGAAGCAGAGGAUUUCAAUUUCGAAAAUAAUCCGAACGGCGACGAAAACAAAGCGAACGCCGCUCCACCGGCGGUUGAAGUGGGGAAACCGUUCCCUAAACGCGGAACGGUGGUUGAGAAUCCCGAUGACUCAACCAGCACCGUUGAUGAGCAGGAACAGGAAGGAAUCGACGGAGUGAUCACGCCUCAUUCUCACCUCCCGAAGCCGGAGCCGCCUCCGGGCCUCGCACCUACCUCCCCUGACGAGCCGGUCAAAGAAAACGGAUUCUCCGGAAUACGCGCCGAUUUGCUCGGGCGGUCCAAAUCCCUAACGGAAACAUUCGCCACCGUCGACAUCGGGAAAUUUUUCAAAGAGCGAAGCAACAGCUUGUCGGCGAUCGCGAAGCGGCUGAGUCAAAUCGGAGAUUACAAGAACGAGUCAGAUGGAGAGGAAGGGUCAGAGUCGGAGUCGUCGUUCAAGGAGGAGGAGAAGAAGAGGAACGAGUCCAAUUGCGACUCGGUCGUGGACGUGUCCGAGUACAACAUAUCGGGACUCCGAGUGGUGGUCCGGCUGAAGAGCGGCGGCGAGGACGGAAUCAAAGGGCGGAUCAGCUUCUUCUCCCGGUCCAACUGCAGGGAUUGCUCGGCGGUCCGGUCCUUCUUCAAGCAGAGAGGGCUCCGAUUCGUGGAAAUCAACGUCGACGUGUACCCGCAGAGGGAGAAGGAAUUGAUCGAGCGGACGGGGAAUUCGCAGGUCCCGAAGAUAUUCUUCAACGAGAAGCUGUUCGGUGGGCUUGUCGCUCUGAAUUCGCUGCGGAACAGCGGGGAGCUGGAGGGGAAAUUGAAGGAGAUGUUGGGGAAGCCUUGCCCCGGCGACGCGCCGGCCACGCCUGUCUACGGAUUCGAUGACCCCGAGGAGGAGGAGGAGGCGGCGGAAGAAGAGAUUGUGGGAAUGGCGAGGGUACUGAGGCAGAAGCUGCCGAUUGAGGACCGUCUGAUGAGGAUGAAGAUCGUGCGGAAUUGCUUCUCGGGCGCGCAGAUGGUGGAGGUGCUCAUUCAACACUUGGACUGCGGCCGGAAGAAGGCUGUUGAGAUUGGAAAGCAGUUGGCUCGGAAACAUUUCAUCCAUCAUGUAUUCGGGGAGAACGACUUCGAAGAUGGAAAUCACUUGUACCGUUUCCUGGAGCAUGAACCAUACAUCCCCAGAUGCUACAACUUCAGGGGAACAACAAAUGACCGCAGCCCCAAACCUGCAGUAGUGGUUGGAAAAAAGAUGUACAAGAUAAUGUCAGCGAUCCUGGAGUCAUAUGCCUCCGACGACAGGAGCCACGUUGAUUAUGACGGUAUCAGCAAAAGCGAGGAAUUCCGAAGAUACGUUAACCUGGUGGAGGACCUGCAACGGGUGGAUCCGCUGGGGCUCUCCCCGGACGAGAAAACAGCCUUCUUCUUGAACCUGUACAACGCGAUGGUUAUCCACGCAGUGAUCAGAGUCGGUAGCCCCGAAGGGGUAACCGACAGAAGAUCUUUCUACUCCGAUUUCCAGUACAUUGUUGGCGGAUCGCCCUACUCUCUCAACGCGAUCAAGAAUGGAAUUCUCAGAAGCAACAGGAGAUCUCCUUACUCGUUGAUCAAGCCCUUUAGCUCUGGCGACAAACGCUUGGAGGUUGCAGUUGACAGGGUGAAUCCAACGAUACACUUCGGGCUGUGCAACGGGACGAAAUCGAGCCCGACGGUGAGGUUCUUUACAGCACAAGGGUUGGAGGCUGAGCUGAGAAGUGCAGCUAGGGAGUUCUUCCAGAGAGGCGGGAUCGAGGUGGAUCUGGAAACCAGGACGGUCUACCUCUCUCGUACCAUGAAGUGGUUUGGGGGUGACUUUGGGCAAGAGAAGGAGAUAGUGAAGUGGGUGAUGAGUUACUUAGAGGGGAGCAAAGCAGGACUGGUGACGCAUCUGCUGUCUGAUGGUGCUGCCCUCCACAUUGUGUACCAAAACUAUGAUUGGUCACUCAAUUCUUAACACACUCGCCUCACCUGCGGCUGAGUGAGCUUUCCGCUCGUACCUCCACCGUUUCUUCUGCAUAUUUAUCUUUACAAUAGAAGAUAUACACACCACAGUUAAAAGAAAGGAAAAAGAGCGACUGCGAUUGAAGACUUUAAAGCUAUAUACAGAUUGAAUCCCAAACCGAUGUGCUGCUCAGGUGGCCUGGUGUUUUUUCUUUUCUUUUUUGCUUUUUAAUUUUGUAGAUAAUUCCCCUUUAAUGCAUCUUCAUCUUGGCGGGAGAAGGCGUCGUGGACUCGUGGCUAGGGGAAGCUGUUUCGUAUUUGGGAGCGCACAAAUUGUUUGCGUUGGUUUCUCGGAGAGGGAAGUUGCUUUUCCUCCCCAGUGUGUUCUUUUUCUAUGAUGACCUUGUACUCUUCUUUUUGGAUAUGAAAUUGUGGGUGAAAUAUCAGAGUUGGUGUUUGAACCAG